GUAUAAUGGCGAUAUUUAAAAAAGAUCGUUUAAAUCCACAAUUUCUAAGACCUACUUUAAAACCACGAUUUAAUAUUUAAGUAAAAACUUUAUAAAAGUUAAAAGUCUGAUUAAUUUGCAUUAAACUUCAUUAAGCGCGAUACUACGUGUGUACGGACGCCAGUUAAAUGGCGGAGAAUCAGAUGAUCGUUAUCAGGUCAUGGACAAGCUGUAUCCGAAUCUUUACGAGCGCUUCAAGACCGAAGGUCUCUGUCCCACCUGCCUCAUGGAGAUGGAACUGACGCCCAGAUACUCCUGUCUCAACGGGCACACCGUGUGCUACCGUUGCAAGCCUUAUUACUACGCUUGUCCCACGUGCGCGGCACCGUUGGACAUGGAAAUUCGGCCGCCACCGAUGAGCACACCCCAACCGGUACACUUGAUGCCGCAUCCCAUGCCGUCGCGCAACGAUCACAAUCCCAGCGCGCCGCCGAUAAACGACUUCCUGGAGCACGAGAGGAGAUCUUGGGAACCGCCUGCGCCGUCUGCGAGUCAGCAGCUCGAAACCUGUUCGUAUUCUCAUCUGGGAUGCUGGGUGAAGAUACCGGAGCAUCUGCGGACGCUUCACGAGUCGAGAUGCCAGUUUCGACCGCAUUUGGAGGAAGAACAGGUGCCGACCGAUCUUCACCAUGGCCAUGAUUUGGUGGAGUGCUCGUACUCCGCGGCAGGAUGCAGAGUACGAACGGUGCCGUGGAGACGCAGCAUUCACGAGAAGUAUUGCAUCUACAAGGAUAAGUUUCAGGGAGUGAAUGAAAUCAGCGAGAGUCUCGCGUCUGCGACGAUUGGUAGCAAUUACGAUCCCGAAGAGUUAGUGCAGUGCAAGUACAAACGAUUCGGCUGCAUGGUGAACAUGCCGAGAAGGCGAAAACAUAUGCACGAGCUGAAGUGCAACUACAUGAGCCAACAAGGAGACGUGGACAACAACUGCUUCAGUUAUCCUUCACAGCCGGAACUGGAUCCCAACGAGCAAGUGGAAUGCAGAUGGUCCGUGUACGGCUGCCAGGUCAGACCGAAGCGUUAUCGGAAGCAUGUUCACGAGGAUAAGUGUAAUUACAAGAAGGAAGAACACAUGCACGAACUAAGAAGCGACUAUGGGAAUUAUCGAGGAGACGUGAAGGACGAGUUCUUCAGUUAUCCUUCACAGCCGGAACUAGAUCCCGACGAGCAAGUGGAAUGCAGAUGGUACGAGCACGGCUGCCGGGUCAGACCGAAGCGUUGCCGGAAACAAAUUCAUGAGGAUAAAUGUAAUUACAGGAUGGAAGAGUGCUCCUGGAAGCAUUAUGGAUGCAGUGCUCUAUUUAUACCAACGUUACGAUAUACCCACGAGAGCAACUGCGAUUUUGCGCCUCGUUAAUUGUACCGCGGGUCAGAUUAAUGGUACCCAAACAAAACUAGCACGAUAAUUCUCGCGUAGAAUACGCGCAUAUUUACUAGGAACGAUCGUAAAGCAUCUCUUAUCACUUGGUUUUGGGGAGAUAUUUGGCCUACAUACCGUUCUCGUCCUUUGUAAUUCAAAGAUAUACAAAUUGAUUGUUUUACCUCUAAUUGUUGAAUUAGACGAAAUACCGGGAUAUAUAUGUUGCUCCCUUCUGUAACGAACACUUUUUGAACGAAUAACCGAAAUGCCGAUACCAGCGCACAUUUCGAACACAACCGGAAAUUCUGUUAUUCAGCAACAAACUACGCGCGAGCUCGAACUCGUCAAGGUAACAACAAUUGGUACAACAACAAAGCGGAUCUGAUCGUCGGCGACGUCGAGACGCGCGGGACGAUCUUGCAGAACACAUUAACGACGAUUUUCCAAAAACCCGGAUGGGGAUAAUACGGGGAGAGGAUUAUUUACUCUCUCUCUCGCCACUCUCCAUUCUCGCGCGAGAUAACGAAUCUUCCGCCUGUCGUUCCGGGGAUCAUGAUGCCUUGAGCAUGAUCACCCGGAAUAAGGGAGUGAUGGCUUGGCUGGGAUAUCCAACACCUGCAGGCUAAUGGUGGGUCUCCCUGUGCGCCCACGAUCGUCGCUCGACAAAACGACACCUACACGUUUAUAGCGUCCAUUUAUAACAGCGGGCGAAGGAUGAGCGCGAAAUUCUGUCACGAUGUGCGAUUACGAAACGGUAUCCCGACGUCUCAAAGCAUUAGUCUUGAAGUCAAUAAAACAUGUCAAUAACAAGAACAAA